AUGGCCAGCUUCUACACUGCUCGUGACGUCUCUGAGAGCCGCCGCGAAAGGGAGACUUUCAGAUAUGACCCCUCCCUUAUCGCCCAGGCCGUCCACAACGAUGUCAACAACAUCGUCCCGCCGUCGGAGCUGCGAUCCUCCCCCGACGCGGCUCUGACUGCCUUUGCCGAGCUUGGCGUGCUGCGUCUGAAUGCCACCCGCGCGUUGAUAUCUCUGUUCGACAGCAAGUACCAGUACAUCGUCGCCGAAGCGACCCCCUCGCUGGCCCUGACCCCAAACGUCAAGCUAGAUGCGUCCGACGAGGAGCAACUCUUCCUGUCCGGCACCGCAGUUCCCAGAUCUGCUGGCAUAUGCGAAAUUGCCCUCGCCGUCCCUCCAUCGCCAGAUACGGAAGAUGUCCCCAAGGAAGGAGAGUUGCCGGUGACGGUGAUCCCGGAUAUGGCAGCGGAUCCCAGAGCGGCUCAGAGACCGUUUUGCCGUCAUGCGCCGCAGAACCGUUUCUACGCCGGGGUGCCUAUCCGCUCGCAUAGAGGCAUCAACAUUGGCGUGUUUUGUGUCUUUGACAACAAGCCUCGCGAGUCGCUAGACGAUGUGUCGGCGCGCGUCUUGCGUGACCUUUCCCACAUCGUCAUGGAUUACCUGGACAAAAAGCGCAACAAGGACAAUCUUCGUCGCUCGGAUAGAAUGGUUCGCGGCGUGGGCAGCUUUGUCGAGGGCAAGACCACAAUUUCUGGCUGGGAGAAGGACCCAAAUGCAGAGUCGUUCAAGGAUAAUCCAUCACUCGAGGGUGGUCUGAACCAGAACCAACAAGAGAUACUGCAGAAAGAGGAGGACAAGCUUGCGAUGGAAGAGGCCGCGGGGGCCGGCCCUGCUUCACCACCGAUACGCCCGCAGGCUUCGCCGUUACCCAGAAGGCAAUCCUCACCAAUACAAUCGGCCAUCCCAAAUGAGCCAAUUGCCGCCCCGUCGGUUUCCGAGAUGUCAGUAAAGACUGUUACCUCUGGGGCAAGCGGCGAAAACAUUCACCACGUCCAGAUCCAGCACGUCUUUUCCAAAGCGGCAAACGUGAUCCGCGAAGCUAUCGAAGUCGAGAGCGUGCUUUUCUUGGACGCCAGCAUAGGUUCGUUUGGGGGUCUGGCGACCGCUUCCAGCAGACGCAAGUCUACGGGGUCAAACAAGUCAACGUCGUCGUCUAGCGACGAAAGAGGGAGUCCGGUGAGCAAUGUGGGCAGCGAUGUCGGCUCGGAAGACACGCAAUGUCGGGUCCUCGGCUUUUCCACCUCCUCGGCUUCGAGUAUCGACGGCAGGAUGCCGUCCCAAAGCCACGCGUCGAUAUCGGAAAGGUUCCUCAUAAAACUGCUGCGACGAUACCCCGAGGGGAAGAUAUUCAACUUUGACGAAAGCGGCUCCAUCCAGUCGAGCGAUUUCUCGGGCGACGAUGGGAAGACGACACCGACGCCUGUCAAGGAGAUGAGCGAAGCCUUGCUGAUAUCCUCGCACGCAGGAGAGGGCAGCCAAAAACCCCGUCGACGGGUUCGCAAUCCGUUCUCACGCAAGAACGAGGGCAACAUGCUCAUUACGAUAUUCUCUGGGGCCCGAAGCAUAGCCGUCGUUCCUCUUUGGGAUGUGCAGAAGCAGCGCUGGUUCGCCGGCGGGUUCGCUUGCACAAAGACCGCGACGCGCAUCAUGACCAUCGAAGGCGAACUCAGCUACCUCCGCGCUUUCGGCGCGGUUGUCAUGUCCGAGGUUGAUCGUAUUAACACCAGACUAGUCGAAAGGGCCAAGACGGACCUACUGAGCUCCCUCUCCCACGAACUUCGAUCCCCGCUGCACGGUAUCAUCCUCGGCACGGAACUGCUCCGCGAUACUCCCCUCGAUGCCUUCCAGGGCGAGACGUUGGUCUCAGUGGAAAAUUGCGGCCGCACCCUCCUGGAGACGAUCGACCAUCUUCUUGACUGGAGUAAGAUUAACAACUUCAUCGGAUCCCAAUCAAAACGACGGCGAAGCAGCCUUGGCGAUCGUGGCCUGAGAGGUCGGGAUGAGAAGGCAAACAUUGAGGCGGGCAUGAUGAGCAUUUCCUCUAACGUGGAGAUCGAUGUGCUCGCCGAGGAGGUCGUGGACAGCGUCUGCGCCGGCUUCAGCUAUCAGCGCAUGUCCGUCGCCCAACUUGCCAACAGCCGCGCCGCUGAUCACACCGAGCCCAACGCCAUGUCGAGACUUGACAGCAUGCAGGCGAUGGAGGACAUGGCUUCGAGUGCCGGCAGGCAUGGAGACGUGCAAUUGGUCCUUGGGGACGUAUCCGUCAACUUCGACAUCAGCCCGGCCAUCUCGUGGACUUUCCACACCCAGCCCGGCGCGAUACGGCGUAUCAUCAUGAACCUGUUGGGCAACUCACUCAAAUUCACGAGCACCGGCUUUGUCAACAUCAACGUGCUGCAGAGCAUUGCAAAGGGCAACACUGUCUCAAAAGGCGCUCAUAUCGAGAUUGUCGUGACGGACUCGGGAAAGGGCAUUUCAGAAGACUACCUCCAGAAUCACCUGUUCACGCCUUUCACCCAGGAGGAUAACCUGUCCGCGGGAACAGGUUUAGGGCUGAGCUUAGUACACCAGAUUGUCGUCAACCUAGGCGGUACUAUUAACGUAUGGAGUAAGGUAAACCGUGGCACCAGAGUUACCGUCCGACUUCCGCUGCAUGGUGCCAUUCACUCUGCCGCAACUUCUAGUCCCUUCAAGUCUGCGGGCUUCAAUGAAUUUCAGGCCCAAGUGGCCGAGCUGAAAGGCCUUCGGGUCCGAUUCUUGAACUUCCCUACUGACUCCGGGGCCGGAGCCCUCGAGGGUCUUCCCGGAACCGUGGCUAGCGAAAGUACCCUGCUUGAACACCUCUGCGGUGAGUGGCUGCACAUGCACGCCAUCGACGAGAAGUCAGCCGAACCGCUGUUGCCCGACCUUACCCUCUCCACAGACCGUCACCUGGACCAACUCCUGUACGAUCGACGUCACGGCACUAUAAACACUCCGAUCGUGGUCGUUUGCCGAAAUGCCCUCGUAGCACGCCAACUCUCUCUCUCGCCGAGGUUUACAAGCAAAACCGUUGUCUUCGAGUUCAUCUCACAACCUAUCGGCCCGAGAAAACUAGCAAAGGUCCUGAUGUUGAGCUUCAGGCGGUGGACGAAGCUACAAGCCGGUGUAAUCCCCACACCCACCGCAAUAUCCCUGGCCACCGAUCAAGCCACCCCUGCAGAGGCCGGCGACCACGGACUGACGGGGCUGGGUUUGGCCAAGAUGGCCCGCAGUCCCGGCGCCAGCAGCACCGAGGCGUUUCCGGACGUGAACACCCCCAAUGACGUGUUCUCCCCAGACUCGCAGAUCAGCGAGCCGCAGUUUCCCCUCAUUGAGGAGCAGCUACAUCAAACUCCGCCCUCAGCGAUGGAGAUCAGGAACCCGAUAGACGGUAUCGCCCUGCCGGACCGGUCCAAGGACGUCUCGCCGUCGACGCCGAACCAAGCGCCGGCUUGUGCUGCUGCCCCCCACCCUGGCACGGCAACACCGACGACGCCAAAGCCGAACAAGCCGCGGUUCAUCAUCGUCGACGACAACCCGCUGAACCUCAAGAUCCUGGCUUCGUACGUGAAGAAGCUGGGCCAUGUCUUCGACAGCGCGAUGGACGGCAGGCAGGCCGUCGAGUACUUCCAGAAGAACGCCGGCGGCGUCAGCUGCAUCCUCAUGGACAUCUCGAUGCCCGUCAUGGACGGCUUUGAGGCGACGCGGCGCAUCCGCGCGCACGAAAAGGCACAGGGGCUAUCUAGGUGUAACAUUUUUGCGCUUACGGGGCUGGCGUCCGCGGGCGCGCAGCAGGAGGCGUUCGCGAGCGGGAUCGAUUUGUUUUUGACGAAGCCUGUGAGGCUGAAGGAGUUGAGUAAGAUAUUAGAGACGAGGGGUAUUUCAUGA